CUGAGAGCAGAUGGAGCAAAGAAAAUUUAUUUCUCAUCUCCUAGCAAGAACUCUCUAAGUUAUUUAUAGAAAUUAGAACAAAAUAGAGUUGACCCAAAACUAUUAUCAACAAGAAGAGAUGUAGUUGACAACAAGUGUAACAACGUAGAUCCUUCUGCUGACAAAGUGUUCAUGUGCUCUUACGGAUCUUGCCGCAAAGUCUUCUACAAAAAGUGGAACUUCAGCCUGCACAUGAAGAUGCACUACAACAUCAGACAGUUUAAAUGCCAGGAGUGCGGAAAGGAGUUCACGCAGAAGUGCAACUACAACAAGCACCUCAAGAUACAUAAUAAACAUAAAUAGUUGUC